AUGACCUGCUUCUCUCAUCAAGGCACUGCCUCUGAAAUGCAUCUCGAAGAUAUUGUCAUGAAUAAUGUUGACAAUCCCAUAAUCACAUAUCAAAAGUACUGCCCCCAUAACCAAUGCAACUUAAAGAGUCCAUCACGCAUUAACCUCAGUAAUGUUAGCUUCAGAAACAUCCGGGGCACUACCUCAACUGAGGUUGUUGUCAAGCUUGUUUGCAGCCAGGGAGUACCAUGCCAAGACGUCAAGCUUGGUGACAUCAACUUGAAAUACAGUGGAAAUGAAGGUCCUGCCACGUCACAAUGCAAGAACAUUAAGCCAAAUCUACUGGUGAAUAAACUACUUGUGCCUAAGAUGCUUAAUCUUCUUCCAAAGUCUGAAAAAAUUGUACUGCUUCUAUGAUAUAGCUACCUCUUCAUGCUUACGCGUCUGCUAUUUUAUUGGUGAAUAAACUACAAUGAACAAACAAUGAUACAAUACUAGGCUAUUAUGGAAGGUAUGUGUAGUUUGAUCCCAUGAGAAAAAACAAAUGUCUAUUUAGUCAUUUUUUUACAUAGGCAUCCAAGUUUGGAGGAGUGAGCUGCUAUAGUACAAAUUGAAGCUCCAAAGAAUAAUGUUAAUGUAAAUUAUUUAAUGUUAAUGCAGUUUGGAUGAGAAAAUGCAGUCAAGUGAAUUAAAAUUC